GCUGUCCCAACGCACGCGCAUGCACGACCGAACAUUCUCUCGCGCCAUGAUAGUCACACCAUAACCCCACCGACGUUGCUCUCCGUGCCGCCGCCCUUGCUUCCACAUCUCACCACUGCCUGCGCAGCCAUGUCGACUACGGGACAGUUCUCCUCCAAGAACCCGACCAUUAAGCGCAUUCUCAAAGAAGCAUCGGAGCUCGCUAACUCACCAUCUUCCGACUUCCAUGCUGCCCCGCUCGAGACCGAUCUGUUCGAAUGGCACUUCACGCUCCGCGGCACUUCGGACUCCCCGUACGAGGGCGGCAUCUACCAUGGCCGCAUAGUACUCCCACCAGCUUACCCGCUCAAGCCGCCUUCAUUCCGCUUCCUGACGCCCUCCGGUAGGUUCGAAGUGAAUCGCGAAAUCUGCCUGAGCAUCUCAGGACAUCAUGAGGAAACAUGGCAGCCCGCGUGGGGCAUACGAACUGCGCUUGUGGCGAUCCGGAGCUUCAUGGAUACCGAUGCGAAGGGGCAAGUCGGUGGUAUGGACGCCUCAGAAGAUGCUCGAAAACGGUGGGCAGCGCAGAGCGGAAAGAGUAAGUGUGCAACAUGCGGAAAGACCAACGAGGAGAUUAUGGCAGAACAAGACGAGGCAGUGAAGGAAGCAGGCGGAGAGUCGAAAAACGAUGUUGUGCCGGACGAGCUACGCCUAGCAUACAGAGAGGAUCUCAACAAGCCUCAGAAUGGAACUGCUGUCGACGCAAACGGAGGCGUUGCACAACCCGCCGCCAGCGCCCCACAGGUGAUAGCCGCUCCUGCAGUCCAGCCCGUGCAGCCACCAACUCCUGCAACAGUAACAGCAGCAGUCAACAACCCACCAGCGCCUCAGCCUCAACUAGUUCAACGACCACAGGACGAAAUGCCCGCCUGGAUCGACAAGGCCAUAUAUGGCAUUCUCACAGUCCUUGCGUUCAUCCUAUGGCAGAAGAUGGUCGGCUGAAGCCGGUGGUCCUGGUUAUGUCAUUUGGAAACAAUCUGAUCAGACAUUUGAACGUCCAAGGCAAUGAAGCUGAAAGUGUCACAUGUCUCAAACUGAUGUCCGGAACACAGCGGGGCGUCAAAAGAUUGCGGUGUCUUUGGCUUUCCACCAGAGUAGAUGAACCAUACCAAGAGCUGUGUCUCUGAUCACGAAAUCUUGCAGACGCGGCGCCAGAGCUGCCGCUAGCACAGUCACGCAUACCAUGACCAACGGCUAUGAAUAAGGAAGGGUAUCUAGUCGUGCUUCGGUCCAGGACCAAUUCUACGUCGGAAUGGUCUGUGCUAUAGGUGAAGAGCGCUUCGGCUUCUGGCAAGAGCAUCCCUGGUCGCAAUUUCGAAUAUUUCAGUGUUCUUUGCCGGUUCCAUUGAGAGACCUCUACAUUUGGGAGAACAGCGUAUUCUCGUCGCGAACGACUUGCCUUGGGUAAUGGAGGCUUCAGCAUCAAGUUAAUAUGGAAGGGAAGUGACCUGUUGAGUCGGUUGCGGGAACUGAGGCACGAAACAUGAGUGAGAUACCAACGAGGCAGAUCAUCUUUCAACAGCCGAAAGCGAUUCAAUAAGGUGUAGGUACAACUAAGCCGCCAAUUGCAAAUCUGCAAAUAAAAUCUGGGAGUCGGAAACGGCUUUGCUCGGAAGCAUUCACUCAGUCUCAUAUGCAC